UUUGAAUUACAGUAUUGUUAUUAAUUUAAUAAUAAUUAAAGUUGCUUUGAACCGAAUCAAAUACAAAACGCAUGCGCCACAUUCGUACGUGGUUCACCGUUCUUGUGUGAUCCGUCUGAUUCCGAACGUCGAACACGGACAUUUGCAGUCGCAAUUUGUCCGUGUGGAGUCCACCGAAUCGUCCUCAUCGAAUAAUUAAACAAUUACCAAUCUUGCGCUUCAAGUUCGAUAUGCACCGAACAAUGAGAACUCAUUCCGUCGUUACCUCCGCUGUGAUAGCUUCCCUCUUGCUGAGCUACGCCUGUGCAUUUCCUGCUCAGGAGACGGGCGUACCAAAGGUCGGAAACACUACAACGACAAUUGCACCACAUGUAUCAUUGACAACUGUUGAAGAAAAAACAAUAAAUCCGUCAAACAAGGUGCCCACAAAUGUAACUGUUGUGGUUGCUAAUGUAUCUGAUGCUAGUACCACACCAAACAUUUCUGAACCAGUCCACCCAGAAAAUCAUUCUGUUAUCACGACAUCCUCAAGUACAACAGCACCUACCACAACUAAGCCAAUAACAACUUCUUUGCCUACAAAACCUACAACAUCAGAACCAACUACAGCUCCACCCAAGCCCACUGAUGCUCCAACCCAGCCUACGUCAUCAACGACUUCCACCCUUAAACCGCCGACUUCUACUGAACCCAGCAAACCCACCGCCGCACCAACUGCGGCGCCGCACCACAACGAUCGCAAGUUUGAUGGACCCAGCUUCAUCGGUGGCAUUAUACUCGCUUGCGGUUUAUCUGCCAUCGGCUUCGUCGCCUUCAAAUUUUACAAGGCCCGGACCGAGCAUAACUAUCACACGUUGUGAAGACGCAUGCCGCCAUCGCUUCCCUUCUCGCAUUCGAAUGUUCUUUUGAUCUUGUACUUUACUCAUUUUUCACUGCUUUCUAUUGUUAGCAACUGCUCGAAUAUGUUGUUCAGCUUUCUUCUCAUUUGAUUAGCGUAGUCCAUUCGAAUCAGCGGUUGGCCGCAGUUUAGGCAAACAAAAUUCAUCCUUUGUGUGAUAAAAUGUAAAAAAAAACGAACGGCGACAAUUUUUAAUGACAGUAGUAUUUUAUAUCAUUGGGGGUUACGAGAACGAAUAUCAACGCAGGUAUAAUUGGAUUUGGAUGAACACGUCCGCGAAGAAGUGCUCUUAUAUUUAGAGUAGAAAUUAUUGAUAUUUGUUUAAUAUGUUUACGUUUUUUUUAUGUUUGUCUCUUUGAGCGCUGGAGAAUUUCGUAGCCAUUUUAUAUUACUUCAACGAAACUUUUAUUCGAAUAACACUUACUUUAUUCUUCACCAGCGCUCGUGAUUUAUGGGUGACCUAGUCGGAUUUUUGUUUUGUUUCUGGAGUCUAUUUGCGUUCGGUUGUCGCCUUGGUUCUGACAUAAUACGUCGAAUUGAUAAGCGAUGACUACGAAAUAUACCAACUUUUCCUGGAACAGAUAAUGUAGAUGCAUCCGCAAGUGCAAUGAACUCUUUUAUUAUUACUUUUGUUUCAAACAUUGCUUUAACUUUGUAUUAUAGUUUUUAUUAGUAGAUGAAAAUAUGGCGCAUCAGAAUUAAAAUCAAAGAAACGCUCAUUGUCUUAAGAUGGAUAUAAGUUUAUUGUAGAUAGGGCUGUAGUUGAUGUUAUGUUUGUACGACCAAUCUUGCUUGUAUUCAACAUUUCAAAUUUAAACUCAAGUGCACAGUUCCUUUCUGUAAUGUAUAUACAUACAUAAUUAUAAAUUCACCUUAAAACAAUUGAUUGGUUGAACAUUUGUAUAUGUUGUGUACUACAAUAGAAUCAGAAUAAACAAAUUGAAUUGAA